GUAUUUUCCUGAGCAGUCAAUGAAUCGGCGGAGAGCUCCUCGUCGCACCUCUCAUUCGCAGAGGAGCGAGGCUUCAUCAAACAAACAGUGGAUGCAAAUCAAUGAACAACAAUGCCAGAGCAAAGACAAAGCGCAUAGGAAAGAAGAUGAGGAGAAGAGACACAGACUGCUGGGAAAGGAAUCGGUACCCUUGGGGACUUGCCAGACCAUGUGCCCUACUCAUGAGCUACUGGAUCGUGAGGCCAAGAACCGCCUCCAUUGUUUUGAGAUGUUGCGUGGAACAGAAAAAGAUCGAAAGCCAAGGGGGGAUCCACUACGGGCAGUCAAGGAGUAUUCCAGGCCAGCAGCUGGGAAAGACUUGACUAACCCCAGUGCCCUCCGACCACCUGCAGUGUUGCUGAACACUGUCCAUUACCUUAUUGAUGACAUUGCAACUUCCCCAGGUCUGCAUCCAUGGACUGAGGUGUACAGCUUUGUCUUCGAUCGGCUUCGUGGUGUGAAACAGGACAUGAUCAUCCAGAGGGUUUCUGGUAAAGACUGUGUGGCAAUUUUAGAGCUGACAGUGCGUUUUCUCAUCUACGCCUCUUAUCGGCUUUGUGGCCAGCCCCUGCGACUCUAUGAUCCACUCAUCAAUGAUACACACCUACAAGAGAACCUUAGCUGGCUUUUGGAUUGCUACUCAACAGAAACAGGACCGCAUCCAAACCAGGAGGAAUUCCAGGCUAUUGGUUUGCUGUACAAUCUAGGUUCCCAUCGUGCCGCUCAGCACAUCAUUGAACUCCCGGAGCAGCUCCGCAGCAGUCCCUCUGUCCGACUCGCUUUGUCCAUCAAUCAAGCUUUCCUCGAGACAAAUCCUGUACGUUUGCUACGGCUGGCUCACAGGCUGAGCUUCCUGCAGGCAUGCGCCCUGCAUCGUCACCUCCCAACAUGCUGUAGGGAUCUUUUGCUGAUUUACAGCCAUGGAUACAGCAACCGCAACUGUCGCUUCCCUCUCGGCAAAUUGGCGCAGCUCCUGUCCCUGGACAUGAAACUCACAGCUGAAUUCUGCAGGACGUUUGGAGUGGAUGUGAAUCAGGAUGACCAAGUGUUUUUCUCCAAAGGUGCUUUCACUGAGCCACAACAGAAACAAAUGUAUUGUCAUCUCUGUCACAGUAUUGUGUCUGACAAACAGAAAGAUUUAACCCUUGGGAACAUCAUUCAUGGCUGUGCUUGAGGCAGCUUCUUAAGGUACAUGUAAAAAGUCAUGUUUUUUUACCCCAAAGUAUUUAAAAGGGAUUUCUUAGUUUGCUCUGAUUGUUUUUCACCAGUACUUGAGGGGACUGUUUGCCCACAGCUUAAUAUCUUGAAUUGGUCCUUUUGAAUUAAGUGAUAAGGACAGGAAGGGCUGGAUUAAGGUUGUUGGUUAGGUGAUAUAGACCUAAUUCAAGAUCAGGUGAUAGAUCUUUGCUCAACAUAGCCAAAAUUACAAUUUUCAAGAUUUUUUUCCCCCCCAAAAGGGAUCUUUAAUGUAAAUAUCUCUGGUACUGGUAUUCAAAGCAUUGGAGCACAAGGUAGUUUUAUAAAUUUGUUAUUGAUUGCUGAAACAGUAUAUUGUCUACAGACACAACAUUUAAAUGAAGUGUCCUUUAACAAAGGAAAAAGUCAUACCUAAAAGCAUUUCUUUGAUUGAAUGUAAGUUUGUACUUUAUUCAGGGAUAGGCAUCAGCAAUGACAGAUGAAAUAAACCACUGACAGUCUUAAUUAAAUAAUUAACAUUUUGAUGCUUGUUUUGCUUUCUGAAUGUGGUUUUGAUCAAAAAUUACCACCGUUUUGUUUACACAAGAGACACGUCCAAGUAGUUUUCACAGACAUUUGCAUUAAGAAAAGACAAAAUAAAAACUUGUCAAAUCUCAACAAGUGCUCAAUACGUUUGCAGAGUGACACGUACGAUAUACACGUAUAUACAAAUGAUUGUACACCUGAUCUUGAACUUGGUGACUGUAUCCAACUUAUAGGGAUGAAAUUACAUCCAUUUAAGAUAUUUAUGUUGCUACUGUUGGGUGUUGAUACUGUCUGAAUGUUUCUUAUUUUGUGAAUAAAAAUACUUUGCA